GGCUCUAUACACUGCGGUGCAUUGCAUCUGACCGCGCCCGUUCUCACGGGCACACCCCCGACACCCCUAGCCACACCCACACUCAACCACCAUGCGGCUCGAUAUCAAGGUGCGUCCUUCGUCGCUAACAAAACUACGCUACCCUCUCAGGCAUUGGGGCGCUGCAGUUUUGUGCAGUUACAUGGGCAUUCGCUGAUUUUACUUUUAUUAUUGCAGAGACAACUCUUUGCCCGCUCUGAGCGAGUCAAGGGCAUCGAUUUCCAUCCCACCGAGCCAUGGAUCUUGACCACCUUGUACAGCGGCCACGUCUACAUCUGGUCCUACGAAACACAGUCGAUCAUCAAAACGUUCGAACUUACCGAUGUGCCCGUGCGCGCUGGUCGCUUCAUCGCUCGAAAGAACUGGAUUGUGUGUGGUAGCGAUGAUUUCCAAUUGCGCGUGUACAACUACAACACAUCCGAGAAGAUCACUUCGUUUGAAGCCCACCCUGACUACAUCCGAUCGAUCGCCGUUCACCCCACACAGCCUUUCGUCAUCACCGGUUCCGAUGACAUGACAAUCAGGUUGUGGGAUUGGGAAAAAGGCUGGAAGUGUGUCCAGGUUUUCGAGGGUCACAGCCACUAUGUCAUGGGGCUCUCAAUCAACCCAAAGGACACCAACACAUUUGCCUCUGCUUGCUUGGAUCGGACGGUCAAAAUCUGGAAUCUCGGCUCGGGACAUGCCAAUUUUACGCUUGAGGCUCAUGAAACAAAGGGUGUGAACAGCGUCGACUACUACGGACAAGCCGACAAGCCUUACCUGUUGACGACCUCGGAUGACAAAACGGUCAAGGUUUGGGAUUACACCACCAAGGCAUUGAUUGCCACAUUAGAGGGACACACAAGCAAUGUCUCCUUUGCCUGCUAUCACCCGGAACUCCCCGUCAUUAUUUCAGGUUCCGAGGAUGGAACGAUCAAAGUCUGGCACGCCAACACAUACCGCCUGGAACAGUCCCUUAAUUAUGGACUUGAACGGGCAUGGUGUGUUAGCUACCAGAGAGGUCGUCAGGGCAUUGCGAUGGGUUUCGAUGAUGGUGCCGUUGUGGUGAAGAUGGGCAGAGAAGAACCUGCAGUGUCUAUGGACACCUCCGGAAAAGUCAUUUUCUCUCGACACAGUGAAGUGGUUUCAACAGUGAUCAAAGGUGGCGAGGAACUGAAAGAUGGCUCUCCCCUCUCCCUACCUUCUAAGGAGCUGGGAUCAUGUGAAAUUUACCCCCAGACUCUGGAUCACUCUCCGAAUGGCCGCUUUGUUUCGGUUUGCGGUGACGGCGAGUACAUCAUAUACACGGCUCUUGCAUGGCGUAACAAGGCAUUUGGUCAGGCUUUGGAUUUCGCUUGGGGCUCCAAAGACAACAGUAAUGACUACGCCAUUCGGGAAUCCGCCACUAGUGUCAAGAUUUUCAAGAACUUCAAAGAAAAGAGUGGUGGUCUGGACGUUGGUUUCCAGGCUGAAGGUCUGUCCGGUGGUGUUCUUCUCGGUGUGAAGGGACAGGGUGGUAUUGGCUUGUUUGACUGGGAAACCGGUAGCCUCGUUCGUCGCAUUGAGGUUGAGCCGCGUGAGGUAUAUUGGUCUGAGUCUGGCGAGCUGGUGGCUCUUGCCUGCGAGGACACUUGCUACAUUCUACGGUUUUCUCGGGAGAAUUAUGUCAACGGCCUGAACGCUGGUGAGGCCGACGAAGAUGGAGUUGAAUCGGCGUUUGAGGUUGUUACAGACAUUAGCGAGACAGUCCGGACGGGAGAAUGGGUUGGCGAUUGUUUUAUCUACACAAACUCAACAAACCGUCUAAACUACUUGGUUGGUGAUCAGACGUACACUAUUUCCCACUUUGACCAACCCAUGUACGUGCUUGGGUAUCUCCCUCGAGAUGGGCGAAUCUAUCUUGCCGACAAAGAUGUUGGCGUUGUGUCUUUUGCUCUCUCGCUGUCUGUGGUUGAGUAUCAAACCCUGGUUCUUCGAGGCGACAUGGACUCGGCGGCUGAAUUGCUGCCCGAUAUUCCUUCUGAACAGAUGAACAAGAUUGCUCGCUUUUUGGAAGGGCAAGGGUUCAAGGAACUCGCUCUCGAAGUGUCCCCGGACUCGGAACACCGGUUCGACCUGUCGCUUGCGCUUAACCGCCUCGACAUCGCUCUCGAGCUAGCCCGCGCUGCGGAUGUCGAGCACAAGUGGAAGACGGUUGGUGACGCAGCUCUGACGACCUGGGAUCUGGGACUGGCGCAAGAAUGCUUUACCCACGCCAAGGACCUCGGCUCUUUACUGUUGCUCUACACCUCUAGCUCCAACGCGGCCGGACUUCGGUCACUCGCAGAGCAGGCCUCAGCUGCUGGCUUACACAAUGUGGCCUUCUCGGCCCUGUGGACUGUUGGAGACAUUGACGGCUGCGCUGAUCUCUUGGUCCAAACGAACCGUCUUGCCGAGGCCGUGCUCUUUGCGCAGACAUACAAGCCAUCCAAGGCGCCGAGCCUGGUCUUGCAGUGGAAGGAGUCUCUUGAGAAAGGCGGCAAACCCAAGGUUGCUCGUCUCAUUGGAGUGCCCCCCGGUGCGGACGAUGGUACUACUACAGAUGAUGACCUUUUCCCCGAGUGGGAGGAAUACCUGCGCCUGGAGAAAGAAGGACCACCUGAGCCUCCUUCUUCCGAAUCCUUGAUUGACGUAGGGGGAGAGGGCGAGGCAGUAAACGGAGCAGCCGAGGUUGAAGCCGAAGCGUAA